CAAAACGCUGCCACUAGCUCGACUUGGUUUCGUCAGAGCAAAAAGAGACGAAAAACAUUGUUUCUUCAACACAGAAACCACAGACAAAAGGAGCAAAACAAAUGCAAAAUAAUGGGCAACAAGAUCGCCCGCACAACGCAAGUCUCCGCAUCAGAGUACUACCUCCACGAUUUGCCUUCCUCCUACAAUUUGGUCCUUAAGGAGGUGCUUGGCCGCGGCCGCUUCUUCAAGUCUAUUCUCUGCAAGCACGACGAGGGUUUGGUUCUCGUUAAGGUUUAUUUCAAGCGAGGCGAUCCCAUCAAUCUCAGAGAGUACGAGCGCCGUCUCGAACAAAUCAAGGAAACCUUCCUUGCCCUUGACCACCCCCACGUCUGGCCCUUUCAGUUUUGGCAAGAAACAGAUAAAGCAGGUUAUCUUUUGAGGCAAUAUUUCUUCAAUAAUCUUCAUGAUCGAUUGAGUACUCGACCUUUCCUCAGUCUAGUGGAGAAAAAGUGGUUGGCUUUUCAGUUACUUCUUGCUGUGAAACAGUGCCACGAGAAGGGUAUUUGUCAUGGUGACAUUAAGUGUGAAAAUGUGCUGGUUACUUCCUGGAAUUGGCUUUAUCUUGCUGACUUUGCAUCCUUUAAGCCAACUUACAUUCCUUAUGAUGAUCCUUCGGAUUUCUCCUUCUUUUUUGACACUGGAGGAAGGAGGCUCUGUUAUCUUGCACCUGAGAGAUUUUAUGAACAUGGAGGUGAGAUGCAAGUUGCUCAGGAUGCACCAUUAAGGCCCUCCAUGGACAUCUUUGCUGUAGGGUGUGUAAUUGCAGAGCUUUUCCUUGAGGGUCAGCAACUGUUUGAACUCUCCCAGCUUCUUGCUUAUCGCAGAGGACAGUAUGAUCCUAGCCAGCAUCUUGAAAAGAUCCCAGAUUCUGGAAUCCGCAAGAUGAUUCUUCAUAUGAUCCAGUUAGAACCAGAGGCUCGACUUUCUGCUGAAAGCUACCUGCAAAAUUAUGCUAAUGUUGUGUUUCCUGCCUACUUCUCACCAUUUCUACAUAAUUUCUACUGCUGCUGGAAUCCUCUUCAUUCUGAUAUGAGGGUUGCAAUGUGCCAGAGUGUUUUCCAUGAAAUACUUAAACAAAUGAUGAGCGAUAAGACAGGAGAGAAUAUAGAAACUGCAUCUGUGAAUUCCAUGAGUGGUAAACUAGCGCUAGAUAUGGUUGAAAAACCAAACUUGGACUUGACAAUGGACUCAGUAAAGAAUGAAAAGACAGAAAAGGGUUUAGUUCGUGACCAAUACAAACUUCUUGGUGAUAUCAGUACCCUUCUUGGGGAUGUAAAGCAAAGUAAUGACUAUGCUGGUGUGAAUUUGGGGCCCGAAAGUACACCCAAUUCUGCAUUUUCCCAUGACAUCAAGCAAUGUGGCAUGCAAUCACCUGGUGAGCUUCUUCAAGCAAUCUCCAAUGCAUUUAGGAAAAAUGAUCAUCCCUUUCUGAAAAAGAUCACCAUGGAUGAUUUGAAUUCAUUGAUGUCUGAGUAUGACAGUCAGUCAGAUACAUUUGGCAUGCCUUUUUUACCAUUACCUGAAGAUAGUAUGAAAUGUGAAGGUAUGGUUCUGAUUGCCUCUCUCCUCUGUUCCUGCAUACGCAAUGUCAAGUUGCCCCAUUUAAGGAGAGGGGCUAUACUACUGCUGAAGUCGUCUUCCUUAUAUAUUGAUGAUGAAGACCGCUUGCAGCGGGUACUACCAUAUAUAAUUGCUAUGCUUUCUGACCCGGCAGCAAUAGUGCGUUGUGCUUCCCUGGAGACUUUGUGUGACAUUUUACCUUUAGUUCGAGAUUUUCCUCCUAGUGAUGCAAAAAUAUUCCCUGAAUAUAUUCUUCCAAUGCUUUCCAUGCUUCCUGAUGAUCCAGAAGAAAGUGUGAGAAUAUGUUAUGCUAGCAAUAUAGCUAAGUUGGCACUAACUGCUUAUGGUUUCUUAAUUCACUCAAUAAGCUUGAGUGAGGCUGGUGUUCUUGAUGAAAUGAAUUCAGCACGGAAGUCACUGGCAUCAUCCAAUGAGACAUCUGGACGCCUUCAGAGAGUAAAUAAUGAUUCACAGCUUGCACAAUUGAGGAAAUCCAUUGCUGAGGUUGUUCAAGAGCUUGUGAUGGGUCCAAAACAAACUCCAAAUAUCAGGAGAGCACUCCUGCAGGACAUUGGCAACCUGUGUUGCUUCUUUGGCCAGAGACAGAGUAAUGAUUUUCUUUUACCUAUCCUUCCUGCAUUUCUAAACGAUCGGGAUGAGCAGCUAAGAGCAUUAUUUUAUGGAAAGAUUGUAUAUGUCUGCUUUUUUGUGGGACAAAGAAGUGUGGAGGAGUAUCUUCUACCUUAUAUCGAGCAGGCCUUAAGCGAUCAAACUGAGGCUGUCAUUGUCAAUGCACUAGACUGUUUGGCGAUCCUCUGUAAACGUGGCUUCUUGCGGAAAAGGAUACUGCUUGAAAUGAUAGAACAUGCCUUUCCAUUGUUGUGUUAUCCUAGUCAAUGGGUUAGAAGGUCAGCUGUCACUUUUAUUGCAGCCAGCAGUGAAAGCUUAGGUGCAGUGGAUUCCUAUGUUUUCCUGGCACCAGUUAUACGGCCUUUUCUUCGCAGACAACCUGCUUCCCUAGCUUCUGAGAAGUCUCUACUUUUAUGUUUGAAGCCUCCUGUCUCAAGGCAGGUAUUUUACCAGGUUUUGGAAAAUGCUAGAAGUUCAGACAUGUUGGAGAGACAGAGGAAAAUAUGGUAUAAUUCAUCAGCACAAUCCAAACAAUGGGAAAUCACUGAUGUACUCAAAAGAGAAGAUGGGGAACUAAAUUCAGUAAAGAGUUGGUCUGACAAGAAAGUGAUUUCUGAGACUCAAAAACAUGAUGGUGAUGUGUUCAAGAAACCAGAGGAUGGUGAGGCAAAGUUGAGAGCUAUGGGCUAUAUGAGCAGUGUUUCUAGUAUGGUUGACAUUCGUGAUCCUUUAUGCUCAGAAAAGUUGCAAUUUUCAGGCUACAUGUCUCCACAGAUUGGUGGUGUCAAUAGCUUCAUAUAUGAUAAGUCCUCAGAGGGCAUACCUUUAUACUCUUUUAGCAUGGACAGGCGAGCAGUAAAAAUUCCUCCUGCAGCUUCUGAUUCUUCAUUGCGAAUGAACUCACUUGGAAUUGGUUCAUCUUACAUGCCUUGGAUGGAUCCAGUAAAUAAAUCAUUUAGCUUGGCCAGUUCAGUCCCUGCACCUAAGCUGGUUUCUGGAUCAUUCAGCAUCAGUAAUGGGUCUAAACAGUUCUACAGAGUGGUUCAUGAACCAGAAAGCAGGGAAAAUGAUCAAACAACAUACAUUAACAGUAAAUUUCAGGAGAUGGGAUUAUCUGGUGGAACAAAGGGAAGUUCUUUUGCGGUGGAAGAUGCUUCUGCUCCGACUGAUCUAGCUGGAUUGCCAUCCUUUUCACGGACCACAUCAAUACCAGACUCUGGCUGGAGACCUCGUGGGGUGCUUGUAGCCCAUCUGCAGGAGCACCGUUCUGCUGUCAAUGAUAUUGCAAUUUCAAAUGAUCAUAGCCUGUUUGUGAGUGCAUCUGAUGAUUCAACUGUCAAGGUGUGGGAUUCAAGAAAGUUGGAAAAGGACAUCUCCUUCAGAUCGAGGCUGACAUAUCACCUGGAAGGGAGCCGAGCACUUUGCACUGUAAUGCUUCGUAACUUUCCUCAAGUAGUUGUUGGAGCAUGUGAUGGCUCAAUGCAUGUAUUUUCUGUUGAUCACAUAUCCAGAGGCCUUGGCAGUGUCGUUGAGAAGUAUUCAGGUAUUGCUGAUAUAAAAAAGAAGGAUAUUAAGGAAGGUGCAAUACUUAGCCUUUUGAACUAUACAUCUGAUAACAAUGCUAGUCAGAUUGUUAUGUAUAGUACUCAAAAUUGUGGAAUCCAUCUCUGGGAUAUUAGAGCAAAUGCAAAUGCAUGGACAUUAAAAGCUGUUCCUGAGGAAGGCUAUGUGUCUUCUCUAGUAACAAGCCCGUGUGGGAAUUGGUUUGUCUCAGGAUCUUCUAGGGGUGUGCUUACACUUUGGGAUCUAAGGUUCCUUAUACCUGUGAACUCAUGGCAGUAUUCUCUCGUAUGCCCUAUAGAGAAGAUGUGCCUUUUUGUUACUUCUCCAAAUGUCAGUGUAUCUAAUACAAGACCCAUGAUAUAUGUUGCUGCUGGUUGCAGUGAAGUUUCUCUGUGGAAUGCUGAGAAUGGGAGCUGUCACCAGGUACUGAGGCUGGCAAAUUAUGAUAAUGAUACUGAAAUGUCUGAUACACCAUGGGCCUUGGCCAAACCAUCCAGUAAGGCAAACUUUAAACCAGAUAUAAGGCGUAAUGUCAGUCCAAAGUAUAGAGUUGAUGAGCUAAAUGAUCCUCCUUCCCGUCUUCCUGGUGUCCGUUCAAUGCUUCCUUUGCCUGGAGGUGAUUUGUUGACUGGAGGUACUGACUUGAAGAUACGUCGAUGGGAUCAUUGCAGCCCGGAGCGAAGUUACUGUAUUAGUGGGCCAAAUUUGAAUGGAGUUGGAAAUGAUGAUUUAUUUGAAAUAAGAUCAAGUUUUGGAGUGCAGGUUGUGCAGGAGACAAAAAGAAAACAUCAAACUACCAAGUUGACAGCAAAGGCAGUUCUGGCAGCAGCUGCUACUGAUUCUGCUGGCUGCCAUAGGGAUUCCAUCCUUUCUUUGGCUUCUGUCAAGUUGAACCAAAGACUUUUGAUUUCAAGUGGUAGAGAUGGGGCUAUCAAGGUUUGGAAGUAAAUAACUUAAGCAUACAAGUGCUUUAUUGUACAUAUAAUGUAUUUGUCACGAUUGUAUAUAGCAUAUUAGGACCAGGAAGUCAAAUUCUCAUUUUGAUGCUCAAUUUUAUUCUCAGCAACUUGCUUAUACCCGCUCACCCCUCACUCCAGAAAAAGAAAAGGAAAAACCUCAAGGAUUUGUACAGCUUCAGAAUUUAUUUACUAAUCAGAAAAGCUAUGAUAUCUAGGUGUACAAAUUAUUUCUCCAAAUGCAUAUUUUAUUUUAUCUUCAAA